AUGGCAACAACCUCUUUUCAAACUUUAAGGGACAAUGGUGAGGCAAUGAAACUUUCUAAACUGCCCAUUAGCUCAUGGUUUGAUGUGUUGGACUGUGAUGACAACAAUGUUGAUGGUAAUAAUGUUAGCAAUAAUGACGACGGUAAAGAUAUCAAUAGUGGAAGUGACGAUAGUGGCAAUGACGGUGGUGGAGGUGACAUUGGUGGUGGUGGUAGUGACGGUGACGUUGGUGAUGGCGGUGAUAUUAGUGGUGAUGGUAGCAAUGUCAGUGGUAUCAAUGAUGAUGGUGGUGACAAUGAUGGUGGUGUGGUGGGCUGA